AUGGGCGGGCGGGCCGCGAGGCCUCUGGACAAGCGACAACAGGAGCACGUGAAAGGUCAGGUGGACGACCUCUUGAGGAGCUUCCUGCCCGGGUACCGCAGGCAGCUGGCCGCCUCGGUCCUGCAGCAAAUCUCGCGAGAGCUGGGCCCCCAGGAGUCGGCUGGAUGCCAACUGCUCCGGAGCAAAAAGCUGCCUCGGGUCCGUGAGCACCGCGGGCCGCUGACCCUGCUGCGAGGCCACCCACCACAGUGGCAGCCCGUCUUCUGUGUCCUGCGUGGGGACGGUCGCCUGGAGUGGUUUGGCCACAAGGAGGACUAUGAAAAUGGGGGCCGUUCCCUUGGCUCCACAGCCCUGACGGGGUACUCAGUCCUGACUUCCCAGCAUGGGUACCUCCAUCUUUUGGACAAUCUCUGUGCAGACGCCUCUGGAGACCGUGCACAGGAAGAGUCUGACCCGCUCUGGGAAGUGGCCGUGAGCUUCCCCCUGUUCCUGCAGCACCCCUUCCGACAGCACCUCUGUUUAUCCGCAGCCACCAGAGAGGCUCAGCGUGCCUGGCGACUGGCCCUGCAGGGUGGCAUCCGUCUUCGGGGCACAGUCCUGCAGAGAAGCCAGGCCCCUGCUGCCCGGGCCUUUCUGGACGCGGUCAGGCUCUACCGGCAGCGCCAAGGUCAUUUUGGCGACGAUGAUGUGAAUCUGGGCUCAGACGCUGAGGUGCUGACCGCGGUGCUGAUGCGGGAGCUGCUGCCGGCCCUGCGAGCCGAGACCCUGCCCGGCCUGCGGGGGACCAGCCGCGCCAAGGCCUGGGCCUGGACCGAGCUCCUGGACGCAGUCCACGCCACCGUCCUAGCUGGGGUCUCUGCCGGGCUCCGCGCCUUCCAACCCGAAAAGGACGAACUGCUGGAGAAGCUGGAGAGGACGAUCCGCCCCGACGUGGACCAGAUACUGAGGCUGCGGGAGCGCGUGGCAGGGAGGCUGCGGGCGGAGGUCCAGGAUUCGCUGGAGCCGCGCCUGCGCCGCGAUGUGGACCCACAGCUGCCCCGGAUCACGCGGAUUCUGCUGAGCACCGUGGAAGCCCCACUGGAAGGGGUGCGGACCCUUCUUGACCAGGGCAUGGACCGCCUGUCCCGCCACCUGCGGGGGAACCCCUCUGGACCUCGGCUACGCAAGGAGGUGUACUCAUUCGGGGAGAUGCCGUGGGACCCGGAGCUGAUGCGCACCUGCUACCGGGAGGCUGAGCGGGCCCGGGGGCGCCUGGGGCAGCUGGCAGCGCCAUUCGGUUUCCUGGGGACUCGCAGCGUGGUGUUUGGGGCCCAGGACCUCGUGCAACAGCUCAUGGCGGACGCCGUGACCACCUUCCUGCAGCUGGCCGAUCAGUGUCUGACGUCAGCCCUGGACUGCGGCCAGGCUGCCCAGCAGCUGGAGAAGGUCAGGGGGCGCGUGCUGAAGAAGUUCGAGUCUGACGGCGGCUCAGCGCGGAAGAGGUUCGUCCGGGGCUGGCUGGCCAGUAUUUUCCUGCCCUUUCUGCAGAGCCAACUCCAGCCGAGAGCCAAAGUGGCUUUACCUGAGUUAGAACAUGAGGUUCUUGCAGUGGGCAGCCAGGCCCUCACCCCCGAGGGUCUCUAUGAGGACGUCAUCCGGGGGGUCCUACUGCAGAGGAUCGAUGGAGAAUUAAAAAAGACCCUUGGUGCCAACCAUGUACCCCGCACCCUGGCUGGCUGUUCGGAAGCUCCAAGAGACCAGGAAGGAGCAGAUGUGUAACCAGAGGUUCAAAGACAAGGAGGGACUUGCCCCAGAGCGCCCAGCUCUGGCAUCCAGAUCCAACCUCUUCAAGGAACAUUCCAGAAAUAAAUCUUCAUCCACAUCCA